UAUCAAUUGCAGAUGCACUACGAUUUAACAGUGUAUCAUUUAAUAACCUUUACAUCAAAGUAUUGGGAUUUUUGAUGCGAGAAUCAGAAAAGUAUGCCGCAUCGUUCAUCGGUAGAAAAUAUGGACAUUACACAUAUAGAUUUAGUAAUGGUAAAUCUGUGGCAGGCACAUUGGGAGCCAUUACA